AUGGGCUCAUCAGACGAGAAUAUUUCCGGUACGGAGCCUCUAAACGAGAAUUCUUCGAACCAGGAGCCUUCAAUCGAGGGAGCCUCGGAGCUGGAGACCCCGGAGCGGAUACCACCAAGGCAAAAUUCCUCGAGCAUAGCACCAUCAAGCAUUCGGUCAGCGAUAUUACAACCAUACCUCGGCUAUCUACAUCACUGGAAAGAAUACCAGCGUAAUGUGAUACACCAUUGGGAGAGUGCAGGUUGCAAGGCGAUUUUCGACGAACUCAAAGAUCACGAAAUGUAUAUGCCACGACCUGCAGCGAAAGUCGACGGCGAAGACAUCGUCGCCGAAGAAAACGACACCGCCAAUAAAGACAGCGCAGUUAGAGAUGCCAGUGUCGCUAAUGAAGACAACGGUGGUGAAGGUAACCUUGCUGGCGAAGACUACACAGGUUCUGCAAAAUUGGAAGACAUGUUUCGACGCGAGGUAGCGGAGAUCGUGGAGAUAGUCUACAACGAAAUGCUUACUACACGGAUGAUGAAGCAAUUGGGUGCUUAUAGGCAACCAGAACGCAUUCUACUUAGCAAAGCUUUGUUAGAUCCCAAACUCGGGCCCAAAUUCCGGUUUCGCGCGAGGCCUAUAGGUCAGAAUCUAGAGCCGAAGCCGAGACUGAUCGGCCAUGUAGAGUAUUUGGGAGGAAGACCGGGAGCGUUGACCUGGGCCGUUGAGGAGGCGGGCAAGAACUCUUGGGGGAGUCUGAGAUGCGUACUGGGAGAUAUAGCUUGGUGCAUGUUGAAGAUCAGCACAAGCUAUGGUUUCCUCGUGAGCAGCGAUGAGGUCAUGUUUCUACGUCUCGAUGUCAACACGUGUAUUGAAGAGGUUGACAUCAACAUACUCCAACCUGAGCUGUCUCCACUAUUCGACUGGGUCGAUGUCCUGCAAGAGCCACAUCUCUUCUACUCAGAUCCCAUCAAGUUUACCGAUGCAUUUGAUUCAGCGGAGGGAAAGAUUACGGUGAAGAUGGGUUUGUUGCAUAUGAUCCACGAAAUCGUAGUCAAGGAUUGGGAGUUGCAGGACAACAAAGGGAGAUGCGCUGGGUAUUUCAAGAGAACGGAGGCUGGAGAAAAAUGGGUGAUGAAGCCGCCGAGGAGACGGUAG